AAGGCAGGAAAACAUGUCCAGCGCGGUGUUUCGCCCUAUGACGCAAGUUGAGGGGUACAGGUGCGAGGUGUCGUACGGAGGCAGAAACCCCAUCAACCGCCGAAGGGUCUUCCUUUGUUUUGCUGCAGUACCGCUUGGCCCCACGGUGACCCCAGCGUUUGCAUCAGCUGCGCAGUCCCAGGAGCCUGGGUUCAAGAGUCGUCGUGCAUGUGUACAGCUCUGUGUUCCCUAAGACCUUCACAGUUGGCGUUCGCAGGACUUCCUUCUCGAUACGUGUCACGGAACAAACCAUGUCUGGAGGAUACACGCGGAAAAUAAUGAUGAGCCAAU